AGGGGCUUUUUUGCCGUACAGCGAUGGAAAUGGGGCAGUGUGCAUCUGUGAUUUCCUGCUACUUCUUCCUGUCUGAUAAAACCUGGCCAGCACACGCAGAAACAGCAGCAUCAGAAUAGAGUAAAAAGUUACAUUGAGGAUUUUGAAAUACAAAUUUCUGUAUCAACAAUCUAUGUAGCAGAGCACCUGCUGUUAGACGAAUACAGCAACGGAGUGACAGCAGUGGGGUGCAGUAAACAGUUAACUGAGACUAUUGACUAGCUGAAAAUACUUUUUAGUUGUCUCCCACCUUAAAAUGUCUUUCAACAUUUAUGAAGACCCAAAUUUAACAAUGAAUGUGAAAUACAGCAAGGUACUCAGAGACGACAGAGGACAGAGAGAGGAAAGAGUGGUUGACAUCUACGAGAGUGCAGAUACUUCCAGACACCAUCGUGUUGAUCUACCGACACAAGCUGGAGGAGCUCACACUCAAAAGCAUCUUGCAGCCGUCCAAAGAAACCCUUUUAGAGCUGCUGCACUGAUUCUGGGUCUCCUGUGUCUCCUGCUUGUUGUUGGAGUCACUGUCUUAUCCAAAUUCUAUAUUUCCGUUAUUUUGGAUAAAUACAUGAUCAACAAAAGCUAUGUGGAGCUGCAGACCAGUUAUAAGGAGCUGCAGACCAGUUAUAAGCAGCUGCAGACCAGUUACGACAACAGUCUCUGCCAUUCAGAGGGAAACCAAAGCCAGACACAGGGGAACAUUACAAGAUGGAAGAGAUUCCGAUGCAGUUGUUACUACAAAUCUACUGAGAUGAAAAGCUGGACAGAUGGCAGGAAAGACUGUCAGACCAGAGGAGCAGAUCUGGUGAUAAUAAACGGCAAAGAGGAACAUGAAUUUGUCACGAAGCUGACUGAACAGGCAGAUUCCUGGAUCGGUCUGCAGUCAGUGAAAAUAAAGGAUUGGCCGGAGACAUGGGAUUGGAAAUGGGUGGACGGAUCAAUACCAUCAUAUCUGACCUGGAAAGUAGAAGUGAAUAGUAAGGCUGUGAGCGGGUCCACAGGAUACAUUAAUCUGAAAGGAGCAUUCAACCACAUCAACAGUGGAUCCCAACAAUGGAUCUGUGAGAAACCGAUAUAUUGAGAGUCUCUGUGAGUCUACACUGUGUCACACAUGUAACUGUGAUGUAAUUAGUUUGAAUUAUACUAAGGACAUUGUUGCAUGUUAAUUGUGCUAAUAAAAUGCUAUUUGCCUGUAAAAUCAGUCUCUGAUCAUGGAGAGUUUACUUGUUGCAUUAAAUGAGACUUUGAAACAGCAAAUAAAGUUUCUUUCCAGAUUGUAAAUCUUCAUCAUGCGCACCUUUGAUAUCCACUUCUGAUUCUGUUUUCUGAUCUGAUAUUUUUGAGACUCCCUUUCACUGAGGGAGUAACAUCUGAUAGUGUGAGAUGAUGGCAAUGAGGAAAUAACAGAAGUGAUAAUAUGUCACAUUCACAGCAAACAUUUUAGUCACAGUAAAUGUGCUUCAAGAUGCCAUGUUGUUCCAUGUGUAAUGUGAUUCAGAUUAAAAUGAAGAGAAAGAAAUAAAGCUGGAAAUGUUGAAA